CACCAAUUCGCCGACACAAGAGUUUUCGGCGAAACAUUUUCUCUUUUUUUUCUCCUUUUUCCUCUUUUAAUUAUGCCUCGAUUAACUUUUGUGGCGAAAUGCGUCGCGGAUAUGACAAAGCAAGUGUCUAAUCUACCGGAGAAAUAUAUUAAAAGAGCAAUGGCACAGGUAGACUGGAAGACCCCAAAGGCAAUUCAGUAUAGGCAAACAGAAGUCAAGAAAACCAAGUUCCGAUUCACCACAAACCGGCCUUGGACACAGCAGUUUGCACAGCAGAACAGAGUAGGAACACGCCGUAAGAAAGUCUUUGUUGAGCCCAUUACAGACUGGUCAUUUUUCAAUGGAGACCGUGUGGAAAUUCUGGCUGGAAAGGACAAAGGCAAACAGGGCCUAGUAAAUUAUGUCGUUCAGGAGAGGAACUGGGUUAUGGUUGAAGGCCUCAACUGCCAUUUUCGAUCUGUCGGCAAAAAGGGUGACUAUCCAGGGAUGAUGAUCCAGAGUGAAGCUCCUCUUCUCGUGACUUCCCAAGUCGCAUUGUUGGACCCUUCUGACAACAAGCCGACUGAGGUUGAAUGGCGUUAUACCGAGGAAGGGGACAAGGUGAGAGUCUCAGCGCGGACAGGAAGGAUCAUCCCCAUCCCAAAGCUGGCGGAGGAAACAAAAGACUAUAAGACCAAAAGGACUUAUGUUGAGCAAGACAAGGACACAACUGAAGAUGAUCUUACUAAGUAUAUAUCAUCAUUUUACUUUUUUUGUCUUCUUUCUUUCUUUCUCUCUUUUCUUUUUCUUAUGUAAUCCAUUGCUGUCAGG